UCAACAUUCCUCAUAAACCAGGGCUUUGUCUCUAGGUAUGGCUGUAGUCAACAACAUUUAACUGCCUUUUAUUUUCCUACUGUGUGAACAGACUCGUUCAUUACCGCAGGCUGCCGAGAGAUACUGAGCAGUUUAGCACUUAAACACUUCGCAUCUCAAGACCGUGAUGUUCAUUACCGUGAUUUUUGGUGAGGGAAGAGAAGAGAUACUGAACCUAAAUUGCGAGAUUAUAAACUUCAUCCACUGUAUAAAAGAAAAAUGCAAUCUGGAUCCCCAAGAGACUGUGGACUUGAUGGACAGGACGGGAGAGCUGGUGAACUUGGCAGAGAGAGCGCAGAGCACAGACCUCGUCUGCAGUUUGCUGAAGGAGAGAGAGAGCUAUAUUCCAUUACGUGUGUCACGAGGUGAAGGCAGUGAAGGUCCUAAGUAUUCUGCAGUGUAUGACUUUGGCACAAGUUACCCUGAGCUAGCAGAGAUUCUGAGAAAACUAUCAAAUCCUUCAAAGGAGAAGGAUAGAAAGGGUGGAGCAUCUAAAAGGGGAGGAGUCAGUCAAAACCGCAACAAAGCUGCGAUCAACUUUAAGAAAGCCAUCACAACACCUCGGAACUGAAAACACUCGGGCUAUUUCCAUGUGUUUAACACUGUUGCCAAAAUUGUAUUAAUAGAAUUCAUUGUGUUACUCUGUUAUAUCAUUUAUAUCAUAUGAAGAAUAAAUAUUGCAGUAUAUUUGAAUACAUCUAUGGCGAAGGGUUCUAAAAAUGGCUUCUUAUAAAAAAGAUGUUCCUGUUGCUCAAUUUACCCCAGGUCAAGUUGAUCCGAGUCAGAGGGCACCAUCUUGGGUGUAAACUGACCAUAACUGAAUCUGAAUCAAACCCAUGUGAAUUAUUUCACUAUUUUGCAAAUAGUUUUUUCUCUUUUUCUUAAAACUACCUUAAGCAACAUAAAACCAACCAAAUUGAGUUCAAAUUUCAAUAUCUUUAAUUGUUUCUAUUUCUAAAACAAAAUGUUAAGCACCAAAGUUGUAACAUUCCCAAAAACAGACUAAACAGAGUUUGUUGAGAAAAAUUUAAUAAAAACUAAAUUAGAAUUAGAAUGAAAAAAUAUCACUGAAACUAAUAAACAUUUUAGUCAAAAGGUUCUUAGUUGGCAUGGUAGUUUUUCUGCAAUGUCAAACAUGUUAGGCCAUAGGGACUAGGCCUACAGGUCGAAAGAUAUGUAUGAUUAAGCAUCUUCUGGUUCUUCAGAGAAUGAUUUGGUGUACUUGUACAUUGUUCCUAUCAAAUAAACUAAAAAAAAAAUGAAUUAAACCAGUUGUGUAAAAUUACAUUGUCAUUAUACCAGGUUAUACUUCAGAGAUUUAAUUUAACUACAGUGCCUUAUGGUGGGUGUAGGGCAGGGAUGGGCAACUUCAGUCCUGGAGGGCCAUUGUCCUACAGAGUUUAGCUUCAACCCUAAUCAAACACACCUGAACAAGCUAGUAAGGGUCUUCAGGAUUACUAGAAAGUUACA